AUGGCCGGCGGAGCACCGAAGGACAGGCUCUAUGAAGUUCUGGCACAGCAUCGCUAUCUAGACUCAGGGCAUCAUGCGCUGAACGAGUAUGUGAGACAGAUUCGGGAAGCAAACGAUGACCCCUCGGCCGGAGAUCCCAAUGACUUGCUGGAUCGCUUGGAGCAGGAGGUGAAGGCUGAGGAGGAGACGUUGGCUCGGGCAUUCAACCUUUUCGACAGCAAAAGGAAAGGCGAGCUGGAGAAGGGCGACCUGAAGAGCAUGAACCGCUACCUCGGGUUCCCUUCAGACGAUGCCGACAUCCAGCGGCUUCUGAAGAUGAUUGACACGGACGGAAGCGGAAAGAUUUCCUUCACUGAGUUUCAGGAAUAUGUAGGCAAGAUGGGCGGAAGUGGGAAACUGUUCGAGGAGCGGCAGAAGCGUAUCAAGCAGAAGCUGGGCUAUGACCUCCGUGAGAGUGCAGACACGGAAGCCAUUUCCGCCCAGUUGACUUCGGCAGGCAUUGACAGAGAAGCUCAAGCUUACUGGAAGAUGGUAGUGCAGCCAUCUGAGUUCCAGGAGGCCGCAAGAAUGCAGCAAUGUCAGCAAAAAGCCGUCAAACACAUCCGUGCUCUUGCAAAAAAGAAUCACCAAGAGGCUCUGCCAGAGCUUCAAAAGCGGGUCGCCAGUCUUCGGUUCCAGGAAGAAGAUCUCUGGCUCACUUUGGCUUGGAUCCGCGAGCUCGCCCCAGUGAUCAUUCAUGUAAAUCUGGACAAGAUGCUGCAGUUCAUGGAGAAGGACACUCACUAUCGAAACCAGUUCGAGACCAACACAUCUGGUGGUCUGUUGAAACCGGCCACGCGGGAGAAGUGGGAAAGGGACUUAUUUGGUGGUUCCUAUGAUGGGAGCGCUGGAAAAGACCGCCCAAAGUACGGCGUUCAGAAUGUCAUGAAUGACCACAGGGGAGUGGUCAGAUGUGCACAGUACGGUGACUCUUAUCUGAUACUCAAGGACGUGCGGCUGAGAUGUACUUUCUCACCAGAGGAUUCCGCAAACCUGAGAGCAGACAAGCUGGCAGUAUUGGAUUUCUACGCCCAUGUGCUGCUGCAAUACGACAUAGCCGAGCUUUCCGAAACCAUAAAGGUGGCAACCUCCAAAGAUGCAGCCCUUCUGGGCGAUUCAGACAAAGUGGGCAAAAUGAAGUACAAGGAAGCCCAAAUCCAUGGCGAGAUCGAUUUGCGAAAACACGUAGAGCGGUUGGUGGCUCACACUCGGCAUCGAGGAACAAGCGAAGGUUCUCGGAUCCAAACAAUGUGCAAGCAGAAAGGCUUCGGCUUCUCUUGGAUGGACGAGGAACAAGAGCGGAUGCGGAAGGAGAAAAUUGGUGAGCUGGGGGGCGCCGCGUGGCAGAAGCGAUUGCAGCAGCUCCAGGAGGACGGUGGGGAGCUGGAAGUGCCAGAGGGUUACUGCCGCGUCGGUUGUGGGCGUCAGGUGGCCCCAGGUGUCACCCGUGCUGGCCGACCAUUCACCACAUGCUGCCGCGGCUGCAUCAUGGGCUUUGGUCACGACCUCCGCUGUGGCAACAUCGAUGCCUCGAAGGUGGGACCAGGCAAGUGCAAGAAUGGCUGUGGCCUCAACGUGGCGCCGGGUUGCGACUCCAAGGGCAGGCCUUUGACAACCUGUUGCAAGGGCUGUGCCCUGGGAAUGGCUCAUGACCGCUUCUGCCAGAAGGCCGCACCUUCAGGGUCUUCACGCGGCUACAAGCCGGAGCCUGGAAUGUGCAAGAUCGGCUGUGGCCGAAAAGUGGCUCCUGGAACAACCCGGAGCGGAAACCCUUACGACACUUGUUGCCGUGAUUGCAGCACGUCUGGCGGGGCCACCCACUCGUCGUCUUGCGCCAAGUAA